AUGAGUCUCCCUUCUGCGUCAUUCCUAGUGCCGUCGAUCCUGGAAGCUCUGGUAGCUUGCGAUAGGUAUAAAGAUAUCACGGAGGUUGUUCCUGGCGAAGCAGAUUUAUAUUGCGCUCAGUCCUUGAAGGAUCGUGCUGGUAUCGUGCUGACAGGCGACUCUGAUCUUCUUAUACAUGACUUAGGUCGGGGAGGCGCUGUCUCAUUCUUCAGGGAUAUUGAACCCGUACCAAAGGAUGCUAAGGGUAAUUUGCGGAGCAGGGUGUACCACCCAGCAACCAUUGCAGACCGAUUACGCUUGCCAAAAUCUGACGGUCUGCGCGCUCUAGCAUUCGAGCUAUAUCAGGGCCCGAAUAAAGGGUUUGGGGAGCUCCUCUCAGAAGCAAGAGUCUCGAAAGCUAUCAGUAGCCAACCAGAGGAGUAUGAAGCUUUCCGAAAAGAGUAUGUCUGUUUGUUGGCUCAGCCCAAGCUCAGCACGGAGAUCAAUAUGCUCCAUGUCCUCAAGGUUCUAGAUCCCCGCGUUUCUGAAUAUGUUCUUCAAUUUCCUUUUAUUGCUGAGGUUGCUGGUCAAUCCCUAGAGUAUAACACGUCUGAUCCCACACCCCACAUCUUCCUUCCGUUUCUGUUCGAUUAUCCUCUGCGGACUAAUGCUUGGGAGAUGUCAAGAGCUAUUAGACAAUUGGCCUAUGGGUUGAUUAAUCUUAUCUCCCCAGAAGAUCAAAGAAAAUCAACAGUCUUUGAGCACAAUAGACAGCAGGGGAAAUUAGGUGGACGGGAGUUGCAGUUGCCUGAAACUUCUCACAUCCCAGAGGCUUGCUCGAAUAUUGUUGCUGUACUGGAACAAAUGGGAGCGAGGCUACCCCCCUCACCAACCUCCGAAAUGGAUCUGUGGUUAGCUGUAGCAGUGUACCAAGAUAUUGAGUGGACCCACCAGAAUUCCAAACCUGCUCUCGUUCAAUUAAUAUCACAACAACUCCUGCUACUCGAGGACCAGUCUAAUUCCGAGAAGAAUCUCACCUGGGACAUACUUCAAUUUAUGGCUCAAAUCGAAGGCUCUUAUCACUCCUUUAGGAUCCUCAAGCAAACUACCAACCUUCUGACUUCAUCGAGAUUCGUUAAUUCCCUUCCGCCUUCUGUCCUUCGACUGCACGAAAAGCUUCAGCUCCUGCCAUCCUUGUCUAGCAUUCAAGAUAUUAGCCAGACCAUUGUCACCCUCCGGAGAAUAAAAGCCACUGCCAUGUCUGAAACCGCACACGAAAUCCUUGGAAUUGUGCUACCGGAAGUAUCCGCCUCCCCCCAGGCAAUACAUAGGCAGGCAAAGAAGAGUAGAAAAAGAGAUAGAGUUGAAGCGAGCAUGCCAGUACCUCUGAAAAGACCAAAUAACCCAUUUGGAUUACUCGAGCUCGAAUGA